UUGAAUAUCUAUGGUGAGUAUGAGAGGUACCUCCUGCGGUUAGGUUAUGAGAAAUUUAGAUACAAAACGCACUACGUUUGAAUGUUGAUAUACAGUGCUUUGUAAUAAAAAUUUAAUGUAAUCGUCAUGGCAAUGGGAGAAAACGAGGAUACUGACGUCCUUAAGCAGGUUGAAGUUCUUUUCAAGAAACUGGAAUCAGCACCAGAAAAUGUAAAAGCAGCAGCCAUUUCAAAGAUCAAAGAAAGACUAAUGCCUGGAACAUAUGAAAGAGUAGAUGGCCCUGUCAAGAAAGAACGUGUCAAGACUAGGCCAAAACGAGGUAACCAUAGAAGAAAGCCAGUGGGGGACAACAUCAGCACACUGCAGCAGAAGGCUUACAGUCAUGAGUAUAAUGUGAAAGAAGUUACAACAAAGAGAGGACGACGUGCAAAGCAGUUUAACUACAACUCUGACUCUGACAGUGGCACAGAGUCUAGUUUAGUUGAAGUCAUUCCCAGUGAGUCCAUUGCGAGUGCAGAAGACAGUGGAAAAGAAAAGUCAGUUAUUGCAGUUACUGAGGAGGCAAUAUGUGACAGCUCAGACCUGCAGGCUCUCAGAGAUGGUCUUGGUGAAAAUGUGUUUGUUGUUGAAACUACAACUGCUGUUAAACCUGAAGAAGUUACAGUGUGCAGCCGAGUCGAUGGGAAAGAUAAUGAGGCAGAAAAUGUGGUGAUAAAAGGAGCUACUGUCCAGUGUUCUAUUUGUUAUAAAGAGUGUAAUGACAGAAUUGAUUUGAGAAAUCAUUUGAAAGAGGAGCAUAUAUCUCACGGAAUGUACAUCUGCAAGCAGUGUGGACAUUUUUUUCCAAAGGCCCAGACAUUGAAGAUCCACAUGAAAAGGCAUCGUGGUGAACGUGAUUUUUCAUGUGCUAACUGUGAUUAUCGUACAUAUACUAAAGCUGAACUGGAAAGACAUAGCACUGUGCACAGUGAUCAUACUGAUGAUCGUACCUUUGUCUGUCAUCAUUGUGGAAAGGUGUAUGCAGUUUACAAGUCACUGCAGGAGCAUAUUCGUUCUGUGCAUGAGCAGUCUAACAUGCAUGUCUGUGAGGAGUGUGGCUUCACAACAUGUCGAGCUGCCUACCUGCAAGUUCAUAUUCGCACAGUUCAUCUUGGCAACUACAAUAGUCAUGUGUGCCCCGUCUGUGAUGCUCAUGUUAAACAACGAAAUGCAUUUCUGGAGCACAUGCGUUCUCACACUGGUGAUCGUCCUUUCAGGUGUGACAAAUGUAGUGCAUCAUUUGCCUGUUCAGCACGACUUACAGUCCAUCAGAAGUCUGUUCAUGGCCCUCGAACAUAUCAGUGCAGCACAUGCAGUAAAGCUUUUCAGACCAAACACCACUUAGAACGCCAUCAAGUCAUCCAUACAAAGAAGCGCCCAUUCAAGUGUCCAUAUUGUUCUUAUUCUUGUAAUGCACAAGGUAAUAUGAUUAAACAUGUCAGGACUGUUCAUGGCCGAUUGGAUUUCUCCUAUCGCAGGUACAAGAGACAGCAGCUGCAGCAGAAAGGCGUACUGCCAGCUGUUCCAGAUCCUGAAUGGGUUGGGAGGGGUGAGGAAGUGAGCCAGCAGUAUCUUGAGAAGUUGUCUGAGAAACUAGGAAGAAAAAUAACAGUGAAGGAGUUGCGGGAGAAAGAGUCACAUCGUGAGAGAACUCAAAGCACAACGAGUAAAUAUCGGAAGCUUAAUACUGCAUCAAAGGCAAACAAGAAUGCUCGUGCUGAAUGCUUUAUGCUGCCUGAGACAGCAGAUCACUCAUAUGUCAGUACAGCCAGGGAGACCAUCAUUGAAAAGACUACAGAUGCUGGAAAUAAAGAUAGUGAGCUUGCAGUUAAACGGUUAAGUGAUGGAGAAGAGUCAUCUAUGCAUGAGAAGGAAGUGCAAUAUGAAACAAACUCUGUGAGUGAGAGGGUGUUUCUGGUACAAUGCAACAGAAAUAAGGGAGAACAAAUAAAACUUCUUGUGGGCACAGACGUAUCAGAAGAUAUUGGCCAUAUCGAAACUGAACCACCAACUCUGCAGCUGGUCUAUCACAACAGCCCAAGACCAGGUACAUUAUCAGAUGUUGAAGGCAGAGGUACUCGUGUUGAAGUGCAAGGUGGUGGUUACCUUACAAGUAACUUUGUAGCACUUUCGGGAAUAGAGACUGAAAAAAACAAUGCUGCACCUACAGUAAUUGUUGUUGUUGAUACAGAUCAGAACUCAAGCUUAGGUACUGAAUGACUUCUUUCCAUAUUUCCAGCAAAUUGAGGCAUACAAUGCUCUCUGACAUAAAUUGGGCAGAAAAAAAAUUAUUUACCAAUGAGCAGCUGUUGCAAACAUGCAGAAAGGCAUUAAGUUGCCAGCUUUCAGAACUAGGUGCCCUCCUGGAACAUAGGAGGAAGGGAUAGGAGGAUAACAAACUGUUUAUUCACAAGGAUACAAGAAAAGCCAUUCAUGACCCUAGUUCAAGAAAGACUUACCACAUGAGAAAUGGGUUGUUAUCAGAUGAGAUUUGAAAACCUGAGGACUUCGAAAUGGUCCAAUGGUGAGGAAGAAAAUCAGAGGGAAUGGAAAUACAUCAGAAAUAAGCCAGUAAGAUCUGGAAACUGAGUGCAGGAAGAAUGGUAGCCAGUGAGAAAAAAAUUAAAUGAUAAGAAGGGGGAGAGAGAGAGAGAGAGAGAGAGAGAGAGAGAGAGAGAGAGAGAGAUAAGGAACAGAAAUGAUAAAUUAAGGAAAAACUGGAAGAAUCACUGUGCAUUGUGGCCAGAUGACUGGUAGAAACCUAGGCUGUGUUGUAGACAAUUAGUGAACUUGCUUAAAUCAAGAACAAACUUUGAAGGUAUCUGCCUUAUGUGCCAACUACAGCGGGAAAGGGCCGUGUGACCUUGCUGGACCCUGUGAUUUUGGACUGUCUGAGGGAACAAAUGAUGAUUCACUGUAUGCAAACUUGAUGCUUACAUACAUAAAACCACCAGAGAUGGAAUAGUGGAAAGUGGACUGCUAUGAACCACACAUGCACUGGAUCAACAAGUACUAUAGUUAUGUGGAAAUUGUCGGUGUAAGCAUCAGCAGGAGCAGUCACCUUUACAUCUAACUUAGCAACAGUGUGAGCCCCUACCUGGAGCAGAGGAAAGCGGCCUGUGACUCAUAUUCCACUUCUUAAAGCAACUACAUCAGUAUCUAAUAUCUAACUGACAAAUCUAGUAGGGGGCAGAGAAUGCACUCUGGAAAGCUAACAUUUUUUGUUACAGUUAGAGCACAGUUCAACCGUGAGGAAAUUAUUACAAGUUUAAAGUAACUGAUUAAAAUAUUUUUUGAUACUGCUUUAUUUAAAAUAUACUAAAAUUUGUACAAAGCAAACAACAUACUUCAUUUAAAACAGGAAGUAAACAACAAAAACAAGUUACAACUCAUGAAACUUUGCGACCACACAUUGUCAUUCAACUAAAAAAAGGUAUUAACAUAAUUACAAGCAGAAUAAACAAUUCAGCUUCUGAGUGCAGAAUUUUCUUCCAUCCAUAUUUCACUUAUAUGUUAUGUCUUUGCAGAAGCUUAACAGCAAAGGUAGUAAUGUUUCUAUGUCAGCCACUAACUUGAAUAUUCAGAAAUUUGAAUGUUCAAGAAAAUGUACACUGCAUGAAAAUAGAACUGAGGAAAAACUGCUUGAAAUACAUAAUACUGUAUAUUGAUUGCUACAUUCUUGGCAUUUGUACUGCAACCAAUUAGCAACAUUCUGUAAUUAUUUUAGUCAAUAGCAAAAUGACAUUAUUACAGGAAUUAUUGCUCUGAAAGGUUGUGACCAUUUAUCUACAAUGAAUCAGAUGCCUUGUGUAAGAGUCAGUUCUAUGCACUUACAUGGUAAUCUAUUCUUUAUUAUUUUGUUGUUAUUACAUUUCCACAAUCUCUAUGUAAAAAGUUUUCUUCAUAAUAAAUAUUAUGAGACCUACCCAAAUAUUUAAAAUUGAUAUUUACUAUCACAGUUCAAUCUAUUCUAUAUUUUUUUUAGCAAUCACAGUCAAUAAAUUCUAUAAGGAAGCCAUUUAUACCAACUUGUUAUACUGCAACCAUUAUAGACAGCAAGUUGCAAGGAUCAGAUUUCAGGAAAUUAAAUACACCUUGCCAAGUCCAUAAGGGAUACAAUAUGUACUAUUAAUUAUAAGAAACAUCUUUAAUGGUUCUCUGUAAUAUUCAUUUAAGUCCAUUAUCUUUAUUGGGACUUGAGGUAUAAGUGUAAAAUAUACCUUUCAAUGGAAGGAAAUUGAAUAAUACAUCUCUUUUAUGACUCCCCCCCCCCCCUUGAAACAGUGGAUUCAGUAUUUUCCACUUGUUAAUAAAAGAAAUAUAAAAAUAAUACUGUAUUAGCCCAUACAGUAAUGUGAAGUAUUCCUUUAAUGUAAAUCGUAAAUAUCAGAACCUGUAAUAGGAAUGUAUACAGGUUUACAACAGUGGCAGUGAAUACAUAUUUUUAUUUAUUAUAUGGCAAAUGAAUACCAGCAUUCUAUUCCUGAAAAGUGACACAUAGAAAGUGAUAUACAAUCAUAUUUCUCACUGUGUGUCCAAGUGAACUAUAAUGUUGAUACUCAAAGUUCAUAACUUAAAUGAAUGCAUUUUGCAUGUUGAAACAUAUUCAUGAGUUAUGUUAACCAUGAAACAUAGUGGUGAUUUCAAAUCCAGUUAGCAGGUAGGAAUAAUUUUCUUAAUUCAAAAUAUUCUAAGGAAAGUGGAAGUAGCUGUUUUCAUAUUAAUUCUUUUGUUGCACUUGGUGUACAAGAUCCUUAUAAAGUUUCUCCAGUAAAACUUUUAAAAGUAGUUGAGAGGUAUUUAUCAAAGGGUAAUUUACAUAGGAAAAAAUAAAAAUUAUUUGUCUGUCAAUUUUCACAUAAGGUAAAUUUUUUGUAUGCAUUAAACAUCCUCGACGUCAGUUUGGGGAAAGGUCUUUGGUGUAUGUAUUGUUGACAGAAUGUUGAUGGCUUCAGAGAUGAAUUGCUGGCGAGACCACAUAAUUCUCUUACAAGAAAUAUUGUAUUCAAAGACAUGCAAAUACAUCUCAUGUAACUAAUAGAACAACUCAUUACUUAAGAAUCCAACAGUUGUUUCUUUUUACAAUAGCUGCCUUCUCAUUUUUCCAAGAAUGUAUUGUAUGCUCAUUGUUAGAACUUCCAUGAUACUGUGUUGCCUGUCUGGAUAUUUUGAUAUGUCUUCUGACAGUUUACAUGUUGCAAUAGCCACGAUGAAGAGAGAAAAAUUUAUUUGGCAAAGGCUGGUCAUGUGUUGAUGUAUUCUGCAAACAGGUAAAUCAGAAUUGCUGAGAAUUGCACACAUUGCAUUUAUGGAUUAUAUGAAACCAUUUGAUAGGAUUGUAAGUAAACAAUGUAGGGAAUGUUUUUGGCAAUAGCUUUACAGUCCAUAUAAAAGGAGCUAUAAAAUUUUUGUUCUGACAUACUGCUGGAUUAAUGAAGUUCAAUAAACUGACAGUAAUAAAAUGAGGUGUCAGUCAAGGAUGCACUCUAUCAUCAGUGUUGUUCAUGUAACCCAUUAAGAAUAUUAGCUAAGUAAGGAAAGCAGAACAACCUUGUGAUUCCAACGAAGUUGGCAGAAGACAUUAAAUAUCUUCUUUGUUGCUGACAACUUUCAGACAAAAACAUGGAAACAUCUUUUCAUUUAAUACUCAAUAUACCUAAGUGAUAUAAAUGAAGUUCAUUGCAUUUCUCAUGGAAAAAUUAUUUAAUUGCAGAUCAUUGUCAACAGUGGGAUAUUACCACAGGUUACACUCUUGAAAUACCUUGGCUUUGACAUUGCCCACGACAAUGAGUAAGAUGUUGAAAAUUAGGUAUAAAUUUUCUCUGAAAGCUAAGACAAUUCAGAUGCUGGGAAGACACUGUAGCAAAGAAACAGAAAUUAUAUUUUACAUAUGAUAGCUGUGUUGUAUGUAAGUGAAACCUGAAUACUGUAGUGAACAUGCUGUUAGGCUGCUCCGUGAUUAGCAUACAGGAAGCGUAUUUGGGAGGAUGUCAGUUCAAUUCUGCACCUAGGCAUCCGGAUUAAAUUUUCUGUGGUUAGUUGAAACCACUUAAGGCAAAAAAAGAAUGUUCUUCUCCCACGGUUCACCAAGCUGAGCUAGUGCUCGGCUUCUAAUGAUCAUGUUGGUGAUGGAAUGUUAUACUGGAAUCUUCCUCUGUACUAAAUACAAACAGAUGAAUCACAGCUCCAACAGAAGACAUUAGGUUUAUAAAUGUAGUAAAGGAUUGUUACAAAAAGAUAUAAUACUACAUAAGAAAUUAUGACAAGUGGAAAACGUGUAUUCAUAGUUAUACACGGAGAGAAAAAAGUAAUGGAUACUGCAGCAAAUGGUGGAAAUGUAUAUCAGUAAUACAUGAGACUGCAUACUGAAACUAGUUAU